GAAAAAGAGAAGAUACUAAGGGAUUUAUAUAUGGCACUUGAUGAAUUGAAUUUCAUGAGUAAUAAAACAGCAAAUGGAGAAUGGUUUGUGGAAAAGCUUGCUAAAAAUCUACAUGGGAGUAAAAGUAUAGCUGAGGAGAAAAAGAUUCUAAGGGAUAUAAAAAUUCAACAAAAAGAGAAAGAUGUUGCUUCAUUCAAAUCACUAGAAGUGCUUAAGGAAAUGGCACAUUUAUAUCGGAGAAGAAAACACAUUGAGCAGAUUAGACAGAAGAAUAACUACAUUAAUGGUUGGCUAAAGCUUGGGAAGGAAAUUGAACAAUUACAAAUCCAACUUAUGGAAAGAGCUUUUAAGGAAGAUAUUUCCAUCUAUGAAUCCUUGAAGAAAACUAUAAAAGACCAAAUCAAGGUUGUAUGUGAUUAUAUGGAGUCUGGCACCAAAGUUAAAUAUGGUGUGAAAGAACUAGAUGCCAUAAAUGGAGAAAUAUAUUCUCUGAGAGCAAAAUUGAGAGAGAAGUAUAACAAAAAGGAUGAAGCAUAUCAAAGGAUUUUGAAAUUGAAAAAAAUGGUAUCAUGUAAUGAAUAAAGAUAAAUUCCUUAUAGUAAUUUUUUUCCUCAAAGUGGA